GGCUCGGCGGGGCUCGGCUCGGCGCUGCAGGCUCCGGUCCCGGCUGCGUGCGGCAGUGCCUCCUCCAGCGCCGCCGCCGCCGCCGCUCCCCGCUUCGCCGCUGGCGCCGGGCUGCGAGGGGUAGAGGCUAUGCCCAGGCGGAGCAUCGCGGAGGUGAAGGUGCUGGACGUGCAGAAGCGGCGCAUCCCCAACAAGCACUAUGUAUACAUUAUCAAAGUCACCUGGUCCAAUGGGUCCACAGAAGUCAUAUACCGACGGUACAGCAAGUUCUUUGACCUGCAGAUGCAAAUGCUGGACAAGUUUCCAAUGGAAGGAGGGCAGAAAGACCCCAAGCAAAGGAUCAUCCCCUUUCUGCCAGGGAAGAUCCUGUUCCGCCGGAGUCACAUUCGUGAUGUUGCAGUUAAGCGCCUGAUACCCAUUGAUGAGUACUGCAAGGCUCUGAUCCAGUUGCCUCCCUACAUCUCCCAGUGCGAGGAGGUUCUCCAGUUCUUUGAGACAAGACCCGAUGAUUUGACGCCCCCCAAAGAGGAGCCCAUUGGAAAGAAGAGAUCUGGGUUUAUCCAGAGAACGGCCUCUUUCCUGCAGAGAGGAGCUGACUCUGCGUCGGUCGACCCCUUGGUGCUGGAGCAGUAUGUCGUGGUGGCGGACUACCAGAAGCAGGAGAGCUCCGAGAUCAGCUUGUGCGUGGGCCAGUUGGUGGAUAUCAUUGAGAAGAAUGAAUCAGGCUGGUGGUUUGUGAGCACGUUGGAGGAGCAAGGCUGGGUGCCAGCGACCUGCCUGGAGGCCCAGGAUGGUGUCCAGGAUGAGUUCUCCAUGCAGUCCGAGGAAGUCCCAUGGAGAUACUGGUCUCUGCCCAGGCACGUUGGCCGCCGUCGGACUCUUGGGGACUUGUACACCAGUGGAUGGGGUCAAGAGGAGAAGUACACCGUUAUUUACCCAUAUACCGCAAGAGACCAGGAUGAAAUGAACCUGGACAAAGGGGCUGUGGUGGUGGUGAUCCAGAAGAACCUGGAGGGCUGGUGGAAAAUCAGGUACCAGGGCCAAGAAGGCUGGGCCCCUGCCUCCUACCUCAAAAAGGGGAGUGGAGAGAUGUUCUCGCAGAAGCUGGGUUCAGGCUCCUCCACCCAUUCCUGUGCCUUGGAUCUGGAUGGCAUCUCCCGGCAACAGGUCCUGGCAAGCAGAGAGAAGGAUGUGCUUGCUGGCCAAAGGGAUGGGAGAUUUGACGGCCGUCCCUUGCCCAACGCUGACAUCCGACGCAAGUCACCAAAGAUGAGGCAGAGACCCCCUCCUCGCCGAGAUCUCACCAUACCACGCGGUUUGAAUCUGCCCAAACCUCCUGUCCCUCCUCAAGUGGAAGAGGAAUAUUACACCAUUGCUGACUUCCAGACCACCAUCCCUGAUGGCAUCAGCUUCCAGGCAGGAAUGAAAGUAGAGGUUAUUGAGAAGAACCUUAGCGGCUGGUGGUACAUUCAGAUUGAGGAGAAGGAAGGCUGGGCCCCUGCCACAUUCAUCGAUAAGUACAAGAAAACCAGCAACGCGUCUAGGCCAAAUUUCCUGGCUCCGCUUCCCAGUGAGAUGGCUCAGCUCCGCCUUGGGGAUGCUGCGGCCGACAGCAGCACCAGUGAGGAAGCAACAGGACCCUGCCGUCCACUGCCAGAGGCUCCUCCUAACGGUAUGGACUGUGGUGGGAAGUGGGCCAAAGACUGGAAGGGGAAGGAGGCUCCCGAGAGCGGGGACCUAGCCUUUGCUGGUGGCUAUGAGGAGAUCUCGGACCGUGACACAGAGGAGAAGCCCAGCCUGCCGCCCAGGAAGGAGUCCAUCAUCAAAUCGGAAGGCGAGUUACUGGAGAGGCAGAGGCCGCCCCCCAAGCCCCCAGGCAUGAUUUUGCCCAUGAUUCCACCCAAGCAGUCAGCAGCUCCUAAGGACAUGAAGAAGCCAGAGAUCAAACCAGAGAAGGGCAAACUCUUCCAACUGAAAAACGAAAUGGGACUGGAAUGUGGACAUAAGGUGUCGGCCAAGGAGGUGAAGAAGCCAAACCUCCGGCCCAUUGUCAAGCCAACGAAGCCAAAAGCUGAGCCUGUGGAGGACAAGCCUGAGCCCAUCACCCAGAAUCCAUUCCUGAAGUCAAGACCUCAAAUCAGGCCAAAACCCGCUGCAGCCCCCAGGACUGACCCAGCACCAGCUGAUGAUAAACUGGACAUCUGCAACCUGCGGAGCAAGCUUAGACCUGCAAAGUGCCCAGAGAAACCCUCCGAGCAGGACACCACUGCCGGCGAAAGCUCCUUCAGUAACGCCACGGCCUCUUCAGAGGCUUCUGGAAGGUUUCAGGAGCGAUCAAGCAUGGAGAGCAAACCCCUGCCCAGACCGGACAGCCACACCACAAAAGAGGUGCUGCCCAAACCCCUCCUGGGCCCAGCAAACCCCCUGGGUUCCAGGGAGCCCCCACCACAGCGCCCCGUGGUGCCGCCUCGCAGACCACCCCCUCCUAAGAAAACAGGGGGUCCUGCCUCUGUCCCCACAGCGGAGCUGAGGGUCCCAGCACGGGAAGCACCCGAAAUCAGGUCAUCCCCAGUGCCGGGGAGGCCCAUGCUGGUUCCUCCGAAAGCCAAACCAUUCCUCUCUGCCUCCAUCCAAGAUGAAGCCAAAGUAAAAAGCAGCAUAAGCCCAAAGGUCAUAUCCAAGCCAGUGGAGAGAGGGGAAGCCAAGGAGAGGACCUCAGCCCCUGUCUCCAGUCCGGACAUCACCAGGGAAGCUCUGUAUGUGGCAGUGGCAGAUUUUGAAGGCGACGAGGAGACCAACAGCUUCAAAGAAGGGACUUUGUUUGAAGUUCGCGAGAAGAACAGCAGCGGCUGGUGGUUUUGUAAGGUCCUGACUGGGGGGCCGUGCUGGGAGGGCUGGAUCCCUUCCAAUUACCUGAGGAAGAAGCCAUAGCUGCUCCUCUGCUUGCACAGCCAGAGGUUCCCUGGUCUCUCACCCGAGUAUUUAAUUAGAUUAAUUUAUAGUUUUCCAUAAGGCUGGCUUUAAACAAAAGAUAAUACUCGAGAUCCCACGCAUCCCAGCUGGUGCCCAUUGGCAGCAGCGUGGAGGAAGCAGCUCAGCCUUCCCUCCCCACCUGUGUGCUUCCAUCCACCCUCCUUCCCACAUCUCCUGGAGCAGCCAGAGCUGCUCUGGCCAAGCUUUGUGGCAUACAAUGGCUACCGUGGUUCUCUGUGCUGGGGAGUUUGACCUUGGUGGACAUUGUUCUACCUGCACGGGCUGUGGAAUGGUACCAGCCAGGGAAGUCUGGUCGUGUAAAAGGAUUUGCCUUCUCUGAGGCUCAGGUUCAUGGCCAGAUGUUGUAGGUCACAUUGCUUAGUCCAGGUGUGUAGCAGAGCCAUAGGGAGUGUGGCAAAAAGGAGGAAUGAUUGCUGAGGAUGAGGUCCCUGUAGCUCUGCGUGCACAUGCAGGCACAGGCAUUGCCCUCACCCCCUGUUACUUGCUCCCCGCCGUGCAUGCCAUGGGGCUGUCCCUUGGUCCUUCCUGCUCUAAAAUGACAAGUGUUAACUUCAACAUCCUCCUGGUGAUAAAAAACCACAGACAAAUGCACACAUGCACACACACAUAUAUAUAACAGGUCCUCUCUGUGCUGACCCAGGACACUAUGCAGGCUUCUCCCUUGCAGUAUCACAACCAAACAAGAGGUGUUUUGCUCUGGUAGCUGAAGGAUGCUAUGCAAGGCGCAGAGGACCAAAAUGACCCCAGAAGCCCUGGAUAAAGGAUGCUUUGCUUUCAUUCCCACACAGACUGCCCUGCCUGUUGGACUAAGGGGACCACCCGUUCCCAUGACCCACAGAGCUUCCCAGGCUGGCGGGCAGCAGCCAGGAGGUGGGUCCUUUAGUAGGUGCUGAUAUUAUCAAGUGCAAUGCAGCAUGUGGGAGUUCAGCUCCUCGUCACAACCAGUUGUGAGGUGUGUCUGGUGCUCAGGGGCUCCCUGCCUUGUUUCUCACCCAUCUGCCUGUCUUCCAGGUACUUUGCUUUCACCAUGCUUGCUGGGCUGUUUGAGGGUCUUCAGGGCAAGCAGAGCCUGGGGUUUUUCCAUGCUGCCAUUCCUGCUUGCACAGCCUAAUCUUGCCCAGUGUUGCUUGUCCUAGCAGGAGGAUUGAGCAUAGAUGAGUUGUUGUUCCCCAGUGCUGCUUUCUUCCCUCUGUAUUUGGCUACUUGCAGAUUUAAGGUCACAUUUCUCUCUCCAGAAAAGCUUUAAACCCAGUGCUUCUGUGGGUUUCUUGUUGACCAAGCCCUGUUGCCCUUUCUAGUCUAAUUGCAAGUGUUGAGCACUGCAGCUGCAGCUCUGCAGCCACAUUGUUUUGCUGCUGAAAAUUAUAGUUUUCCCUUUAAUUUGAGGCUGGCAGAAUUGAAGGAGUGUUCUCCACUCCCCUAGAUGCUCACUGCCUUUUCUGUCCCCUAUUUUCUCCUCUGGAAAUGUGGAGUUGAAGGUAUUUCUGUCUGUGUACUGAAUGAAAAUGGUGGUGCUUCAGGCCAGGCUCAUUUUGAGAGGGUGAUGGGGCAGUUUGUCCCAGUCCUUCUUUAUCAGAUGGAGAAGUCCCGACCAUUCCAGUCCAGCCUCAUAUCCAGAAGCCCCAAGGUUUGUGUUUUACCGUGGGAAUUCAUUCACCCUAGUCUACAGCUGAUUCCUCUUCCUCCCACUUCCAGUUUUCUCUGGUGGCACAUCAGCCCCUGAUCAGGCUGACUCACCUGAGCUGGCAAUAAGCAAUACAUUUGCAACCCAAUCCAAUAACAAAUUUCUUUGCGUGGCACAUUGCGAGGUGUUGAUGUGCUCCCAGGAGCGCUGCAGGGUGGGUUGGGGGAACAAUGAUGCCUUGUCUCUGCGCAUCUCUUGCUCCAGUAAAUCCCUUUUGCUUUGGAAAGGAAUGGGGACAGGAUGAGUUAAGUCAAAGCUGGCAGCAGCCCAGUCCAGCCCCUGCUGUAUCUGGGGAGGGGGCUGGAGCUGUGUCCACAUCCGCUCUGGCAGUAUCACACAGCAGGCUGGAAGGGCUAUGAGUCCUUUCCAGUGGCACUGUGUCCUUGUUCUCUCUUUUCUGAAUGGCCUUUUAAUCUCAGAAGUGUCUCUCCUUUCUCUGUCUCAGAGACCUCACUGUCCCCAGCUUUCCUCAGGAGGGACAAUGCUAUUUCUUUGGCCUCCAUACCAAAUGAGGGCUAUUUCUGCUUUCCUCCCAGACUGAACCUCAGAACUGGUAGUGCUUCAUUUUGCUGACACAAGUACUGUAUUUGGCUCAUUGAGUGUGUGACAGGAUUGCUCCCUUGUUCCCAAAGAGCUUCCAAGGAGGCAGGUGAGUGCCCAAGUAGGGGAUGACCCUCAGCAGGGUGCCAACACUUGCAGCCUUACCCCUUCCUACCACUCUUCCGUCUGCAAGGGGACCACAGGCUGGACGACGGCUCCUAUCAGGAAGAUGCUGAGAGCCAUGGGCUGGCAGGGCUUUGCCCCUAUCCAACAUGUGCCCUCUGCUGGGCUGUGCCUCCUCUCUGUACCUCACACAACAAAUGUGGCCAAACUCCCCGACUACCUCGUGAGGAGGAGGAGGGCAGCCAGGAGACUUUGUACCCUGAGCUUGGCCACAGGGCUCAUCACUCCAGCAGCCAAAGAUCAACCUUCCUCCUUCCCACCAGCAGCAAGGAGGGGCAUCACCAUGGGUGGGGGCAGAAGAACUGGGUGCUUGGAGGUCCUUGCAGCUCAGCACAUCCUUGGCAGGCUGGAGGUCCUUCCUGCACCCCGCAGGCUCUCAAAGCCCAUUUGUUUGUCUGUCUCACUAUAUUAUGUGUGUAUAAAUCUACAUUACUGUGGGAGGGUGGGGGGGUCAGCAGAAGAUAGAUGUAGCCAUGUAAAUGCCGUAUCUAUACUUUCACCAUUAUGGGGUUGAUUUCUUUUUUAAUUCGGUGGGGUUUGAGGGUU